UUCCGAACUCACCUCAAAUGAAAGCACCUAAAAACACUUUUGUCAACACGAAAAUUUUUAGGUUAGAAUUUAAGCGUUUUUUGAGGUAAAAUUUUCAUUUUGAAAAUAGUUAAUUACCAAUUAACAAAUUAGUAAUUUAAAGUGAAAUACCUUUCAUUCAGUCGAGUAGAUUAAAAUUAUUACACUAUAAGUGAAAAAAACUCUUUCGCAAUGGCCGAAAGCAACAUACCCUCGGACGUAUUAAACGUGUCCCUACCAAACUCAAUAACAGUAACAUCAAUCGCGGCAGCCCGAAUCAAAGAAAUCGAAGCGAUGCAAAAAAACAUCGAAGAAAAAUCCGGAACCAAAAUGGUUUUCCAAAAACUACCAAAACACAUGCGACGCAGGGCCAUGUCUCACGCGGUCAAACGUCUCCCGAGACGUUUACGAGAAAUCCACCUAAACCAAAUGACAAAAUCGGGACUGGCACCGAAAGCCAAAAAACCCAACAGAAAACACCGAAGACGAUUGCGCAAUUUGCAAAGCGACUACGCCAGAAGACAAAGACGAGUUAAAUGGCUUAACACUCACAUUUGGCAUGCCAAAAGGUUUCACAUGAUUGAAAAGUGGGGUUUUAAAUUGCCCAAGCAACCGUGCGAUAAAUCCUUUAGGGCUUGCUAUAGGGCUACCACUCAACAUUGCCUUAUACAAGAUAUAUCUUAUGAAAGGUGUAUUCAAAUUGAUGGAGCUUAUGAAGAUAUUAUUCAAGGGCUCAAAAAUACAACAGUUGGUUUAAGUUUUGGGGCUAAAUGUUUUGCCGGAGGCAAAAAGUUUGGAGAGCUUAUUUUGUUUGAUUGCAACAAAGCUGUUGGAGAUGUACAGUUUUUUUGGAAUAGUACAAACAAUGUUUUGUGGCUGUUUGUUCAUCCAGCUUUCUAUAAACAAGUUUUGGACUUGUUGAUUGGUUUGUUUGAGAUGAAUUUAGUUGAAAAUCAAACAAGUUAUAGAGGUCCAAAAAAUGUUGAAUUAAAGGAAUUGGAAUAUGAGCUCGAUAGAUUUAGGUUGACUGGUCCUUUAUCGACUGCUGUAUUGAAAAAUGCAUUGAGGACUGUCAAAUUUACAGACAAACAUCCAGAUUACCAUGCGUGGCUCCAAAACUACCCUCUGGAAAUAUUAUCCGAACAAAACCAAGUAUUCCAAAAUCUUACCAACACCAGCUACUUGCCUCCCAACUUACUAAUAUCGAUAUUAGUCCAUGAUCCGCGCCUCAACUUACCAAACAAACGAACCAAAGCUUCACUUACCCAAGACGAAAAAGACGACUUUGAUAAAUUACAACAAAAUUCGUCUUUGAGCCCGUUAUGGAAUGAGUCAGUUAGGCAGGUGCUCAAAGACACUAAGCUAUCAAAUGCGGCCAUUAGCGAAAAACGAAGCCAAUUUCUGAUUCCCGGUACUGAAUUGUCAAUGGAUCUUGAAACAAUAUUGCCUGUAAUACUGAUGUGGAGACCUGGCAAAAAAGGGCAACUGAAUAAUGGUUAUGGUAGUGGUUGGGAUGUUAUAGUUGCAUCCAAUUGGUCGCAAUCGUUUUUUAUGUCAUUUGUAAUGUGGGGGGCACGUGCUGGUGGUUUAAGAGAAACCAAGUCGGUUGCUUUUGAAAAAUCGCAGACUGAUUUGCUUUACCCUGACACAAAAGCGGGUGAGCUUGAAGAGCACGUUGUUAUGGAGGAAUGUGUGGAAAAGUUUUUCAGGUUGCCUCCUAAUAAAAGAACUAAUUUCAUUAAGUUUGGAAUCGUUUCGCCAUUUUUGUGUAACUGGAAAAUGCUCAUUACAGAGUGGUCUGGGGAAAAUUGUAAUGCUUUUACAGUGUUACGAGAUAGAAACUUAUUAAGACAAAUACAAAAUUAUUUUGUUGGUAAAGCAAUUUUGCCAACUCUUCCAAAAAAUUGUCUAAUACCAAUCAAAAUAGUACCAAUUGCCAAAGGAGUGUGUUCCAAAUUUAGUAUAAUUUGUUUGCCAGGCACUUGCGCUGGAAACGAGGAGCCUUUAGAACCAAAAUGUAAAGACAUUUUUGCUCUAAAAAGGAAAAGUCUUCGUUUAGACCAUAAAAACUUGUUGAAGAAACUACACAAAAGAAGAAAACGAGCAAACAAGAAGGGAAAUUCUGUGACUCCAACAGACAAGGAAAUCUUGCAAAACUACAAAAUCGAAAUGCGCAAAUUGUGGUUGCCUCCGCCUGAAACCAUCAAAUCUUCCUGUUCCAAAACGGUGAUGGGUUUUAUAAAACACGGCGAUUUCUCUUUUACUUUGGGCCAAUCCAAAGGUUUAGGUUAUGUCAUCGGGAAUUCCCUAUCAGAGUUGCAGGGCAACAAAGUUUUAAUUCGAAGUACGAACUCUAGACAGUACAAGUGGGCUGUGAUCGAUGUUAAUGUUGAAUAAAGUUUGUGUAAUUAUUUGAAAAUAAAAGUUGAAUUUUAU